AUGUUAUUGGAAGAGGACAGGGAAGAGAUUGGCACAAUGGUAAGAGGAAAUUGAUUUUUUUGUAUGUCAUUUUGUGGAACCUCUGUACAAUAACCCCCCAGGGGGCUGUCCGACUAACAGAACGUGCGUUUUUUUCCGUACGGUUUUGGUCAGAGACGCGAAAAGACCUCGAAUUAGCGAGAGAGUCCGAGAGAAACCGCUCUUGUUGAUCCAAAACCUAGAGUAGGUCUCAAAGUUGGAGCCAUGACUUUUGAGCCGGUGGCCGUAAGUUGAUGAAACUUACAGGGCUUAUGGAGUACACAAUUAGCUUUGUAAGAGUAUAAAAAUCGUCCUCAAAUGUUACAGUAUACCUAAACCCGCCUAGAUUUUACUCCAAAAACACAAAAAAUCCGUAUUGUUUCACAGCUGGGCUUAUAAGUCAGCUAAAAGUUCAGCUAGAAUGCUAAAAUUAAAAACGGCAAGUCUUGGCACAAUUGUCGUCAUUAUUUUGGGAAGAUGGCAAUUUUGGAAUGAAACAUCUCAAACCUAUUUCUACCGUAGACGGCAACGUCCCACGUCAAACCGAGAUAAGCUAAACCAGUCUGGUGAAUGGAUUGGCAAUUUGCCAAAAAAAGACGCGAAAAAACGUUCUGUCGAGGAAGAAAUGGGGAAUUUUUGGGGCGAGAGAGUACGCUUUUGUGUGUCUUUUUCUCUCUUUCUCUGCGAAGUCAAGACGAAGUGUAAUAGCGAAGAGUCUAUUACUGUCACCGGGCUCCUCAGUUUGAUGUGCGUCCCCAAGAAAUGGCCAAAAAAUGCUAUCGUCGGGAAAACAAUGAUCGCAAUGUCGCUGCACCAAUCGCAUUGCUCUAGUAAAAAUUUGAUUUUUCAGCGACACAAUUCAUUUUCUAGGAGGUGAUGCGAUUUUCAAUGCGGCAGAGUGCUUAUUAUUUUCUCGACAGACUGAUAACAAGAGAAUUCUUUCAGAAACCGCGGUUCUCGAACCUCGACCAGAAUGUCACCGUCUCUGUCAUUUUACUAAUCUUGAUCUCGGCAUUAUUUUUGAUAUGGUUAAUCGGGAAAAGUCAUGGGAACAACUGUAUCAACUCAAGCCCUCUUGCUCAACAAUCUGAUUUUCCGGUUUUACCUACCGCUGUUUUGCACGAGAGGAGACGCAUUACAGAGGCGGAUUACAACGAGAUUGUAAACAGCAAUAUGGUAUGUCGACACGACUUGAUCAAAGCUUUUGUUUUAGCUAACAUAUAAUGAAGAAGAGACUUCUAAGCUGUCGCUGGAAGAUAUCUGUGACAGCGGAAAUGUUACAUGCUUAUCGGACAGAAGAGCGAUCGACAACCGGGUCAGGGUAAGGUUUAUAAGAGUCUGUCGGUUAAAUAAUGAAGGCAAUUCGUCGCGUCAAUUGCGUUUCCUAAUAAGGGAAGUCACAUUUUUCGCAGACGGACUUUGAAACGGGACCUAGUAGGUUUCAAACGUAAAGCAUAUGCGAUCAUGAAACUGAUUUCCAAAAGUGUUUUCGGGGCUUUUCGGCCGAGAAAAUCGACCGAAGAGUUUAGCCGAAAUGAGAGAAUAGCCUCCUCAAAAGAAACCGCUCAUUUCAUCUGCAGUGAUGGCCGAGUGGUCAGUUUUGCGCCAGAAGAUGUGGGUUCGAUUUUGGGCGUCUGUAAGGGAAAAGCAAGCUGAUUUUGUUGCUGGCAAUACAAUUAAUUUUCUCGGCGGUGACACGAUUAUUGCUGCAACAGAGUGCUCAUAAUUUCCCUGAAAAACUGAUAAAUCCGUCCGUCGGGAAAAUAAUGCGGAUUUUUCGCAGAAAGAGAGAUCUUUUCUCGGGUCACGCACCUAAUUUUCAGCCGCGGAAAGCAGUCGAAAAAGCGAUGACAAGUGAUUCCAAGGAACAGAAAAUCGAUAUUAUUUUCCCGGCAGACCGCUAUCGAAGCAGUAUACUAUAUAUUUUCAUUUUUUUUAUUGCUUUUCACUUCAGCGACACGACUGGCGCAGCAACGUUGUCCUCAUUAUUUUCCCGACAUGUUGAUAAUACAUAUUAUAGUUUAUCCGGAAAAUUGCCGGACUGAAAUGGGCAACGCGCACUGUGCGAGAACAAAAUUUUGCUUUGCACUGUGCAAUAGCCCUUUUUUGUACUUCGCUCGCUCCCUGACUUUUUCUCACAGCACAAACGUCAAAAAUCAGUCCCCUGAUUCUUCUGAAGAACCCUCGCAAUCAGUAUGUCGGGAAAAUAAAGAGCACAAUGUCGCUACACCGAUCGUGUCGCUGAAGUGAAAGCAAUUUGAUUUUGCCCAGACACAAUCAUUUUCUCUGCGGCAAUGUCAUUUUUGAUGCGCCUGAGUACUUACUCAUUAUUUUCCCGACAGACUGAUAUAUUAGUGUCUUUACACUAUCUUCUCAAGGUGCAAUGUUAUAAGAACGAUUUAGAAUUUCCUGCUCGUCAACCGAAACAGCAUCAUGCAGCAGCUGCUCUUCAAACAUUACCUGCUUUUUGGAAGAGAAAACAAAAGAGCUUUUGAACUUUGA